AAAAAGGACUUUGGGGAAUAAUUUUGCGGUUACAACAACAACAACAACAAGGUUGCUACCCAUAUGAGCAAGCUCAACCGAUUUGUAGUUGAAAUGAGUGAAAAACUUCAGAACUAAAAAUCUAUGGGUACCGGGUUUCAGAGGAAUUGCUGGGAACUACAAUUCAGUUGAGCCUGCUGCUAUUUGUCCCACAGCUUCGAAGCGAAAAGGGAUGCUCCAGGUGGAACCAACUCAACAGAGGUGACAAACAUUGCUUCACAGCGAGCGAGCCCAAGGCUACAAUAGGCCUUACUCUUUCCCUUAGAAAUCACACUUUGAAGCAAUUUCGUCACCACUUCUUUGAUUUCAGCUUCAUUCGCCUGAAAACCACUGCAAUGGACUGAACACCAAAACCAUCUGAGGAUGGGAGAUUUCCAACAGAAGUAUCCCACACUAAUAUUUUCGUCAAGCCUCGACUCGCCUGUGAAGAAGCGAAGUCUUGCAUUCCUUCAGUGGCUCUGCCCACUUUCUUGAACAAAUGCAAACAAACGCCUUCUAUAGAAGGAGGCUUUAGAAGGGGGGAUCUUACGCAUCCUGGUAAAUAAUAAAGGUUCUGUCUUUCAAAGAUUCAUGACAAGAGCAUGUAGCUUGACUUUCAAUAUCACUUUUAUAGCAGCAAAACCUUCGAUUCUUAUUUAGUUGUACGUAUGAGUAUCUGAGCUCGUGGGUGCGCCAACGUUGAUAACAAGAGCCAGAAAGAAAUAGAGACAGGAAGGCUCUAGAUCUGCUCUAUAAGAGCUUGCGAGAUACAGGCUUGAGGUUCCUGGUCACAGGAGAAUGGAGGAAAGUUGAAAGGUGAAUGAAUUCGCAAGGCAACUUACGACCAAGCAGAUUCACGCCCGCAAGGAACGCAUUAGUGUGCCUUUUCCUACCUUGUAAACUGCUACUCAGAGGCUUCACUUGUGAGGAGGCUGAAUUAAGAUAGAACUAUGUUGCUAAAUGCAGAAUUCCCAGACAAAUUUGGAGUAAUGGAAAAAGAAAAGGUCACGCAAAAUACGCUCUCCCAAAAGAGUGGACAUCUUUAAGGUUAUAGUGGUAUUAACAGGUCACGAUGACUUGCGGGAAGAUAAAAAUUGUCUUCAAGAGAUACUAUAAAAGCUGUAAUAAGUCAUUAUUCACUUAGAAGUUAGAAAUGGUUUCUCAUCUCUUAUGUGAUUGCCCGCUUUGGGAAGCGCUAGGUAUCUAGGAGCUACUUUCAUCGUUGAAUCGUAUAAAAUACAAGAAAUCAAGAUAAUUUAUCUAAUGGAAGUUUUAAGGGAAUCAAAGCAGAUAGAUAGUGAAGCUUAGCGAUCGGUGGGUAUCACAAUGGGCUCAUGCUGGCUCUAGUGUAUUGAAGCUUGCACAUCGAUAGCCAUUUCAAUCUGAUCUAGCUACGUCUUUCCUUCCUCCCGUCAAUUCCUCUUUAGAGUUUCAAUAGCUUUCCUCUGUCAUCAUUUUGGUUUUAUUUAUACAAUGAUUUCAUUUAGUCGAGAAAAUUUUCGGUGGAAUGAAUUUUUUUUUCGUAUUAGAGCCAACAAUGAAUGAAUGUGUAAUGUUUGCACUCAAUAAUCAGCAGCAAAAGUUAUGCAAUAGAUGGCGCCCAAGGUCGUGCGCUAUUUACCCACUUAAGCGUUCGACUGCUGAGAAUUCGCAUUAGAAUUUAAUUUAGAAGUAAAAUCAGCAUGCACAAUUAACACCUCAAUGCUAAGUGAUUUCGACGCUUAUUUAUUGCAUAGGCAUACACGAGUGUUGGUAUGUGUUGGUAUGUACAUAUGUAAGUAUGUAAGUAUUUAGGCUAACAUGAGUGCAACUAAUAAAUAAAUGUUUAUAAAAAUAAAAGCUUCAAUUUGCUCACAACUCUUUUUUUGCACAACUUCAGUGUUUAAGCUAAAUAUGCAACAAAUAUUUGCUUUUCAGUUUCCCUCCUUUUUGCAAGUUGCCCCGUCCACGGUUGCUGCCUGCCACCCGUCAUCCUUUCUGUUGAUUACCGUUAAUAAUAAAUGCAAGUAUGUCAGUCAACCAUCAGUAUUGCCUCAUUGGCAUUUGGAUUGCCACUUUGCCACUGCUAAUCAAUGCUCAGCCACUUGUCGAGUUGGCGCGUAAUUUCGAAACUUCGCUGCUGAAUACACGCCUACCAGACACGCAAAUAUUCGAAGAGGCCUAUGAUUUCAUUGUGAUCGGCGCUGGUUCGGGUGGUUGCGUUCUUGCGAAUCGCUUGAGUGAGAUUCGCAAUGCCACUGUGCUGCUAUUGGAGGCGGGCGAUCAGGAGACUUUCUUGAGCGAUGUCCCGCUCACAGCUGCACUUACCCAAAUGACACGGUACAAUUGGGGUUACAAAUCCGAUCCGACACCCAACGCAUGCCAGGGUCUCAAAGGUGGUGUUUGUAAUUGGCCUAAGGGUCGUGGUAUUGGUGGGACCAGUCUUAUAAAUUUCAUGCUUUACACGCGUGGACAUCGCAAAGACUACGAUCACUGGGCUGCACUCGGCAAUAGUGGCUGGAGUUAUGAUGAGGUGUUGCCCUACUUCAAGAAAUCGGAAAAUAUCCACAUUGAAGAAUUGCGUAAAUCACCAUAUCAUGGACGCAAUGGGCCACUUGAUGUCAGCUAUACAGACUUCAAAUCGCACGUACUGAAGGCAUUUUUAAAAUCGGGUCACGAGCUGGGCUAUGAAAUUACAGAUCCAAAUGGUGAGCAGCUGAAGGGUUUUGCGCGCGCACAAGCGAAUCUACGCAAUGGCAGACGUUGUAGUACGAGUAAGGCAUUUAUCAGACCAAUUUUGGAUCGUCCAAAUUUAUACAUUUCAAUGAAGUCUUGGGUAACACGCAUCAUUGUGGACCCGGUGAGUAGAGUAGCGACGGCAGUUGAGUUUGUAAAACAACAUCAGCGUUAUGUGGUGAGAGCCAGGAAGGAGAUAAUACUCUCAGCGGGCGCUAUAGCCUCGCCACAGUUACUCAUGUUAUCGGGCAUCGGGCCGCGUGCGCAUUUGGAAGAGAUGGGCAUAUCUGUGGUGCGCGACUUGCGAGUGGGCUAUAAUCUGCAAGAUCAUGUGACACUGAAUGGGUUGGUGUUUGUGGUGAACGAUACAAUGACACUGAAUGAUCGUCGACUAAUGAAUCCAGCGGAUAUACUGCAUUAUAUACUCGAAGGUAGAGGCCCUUAUACUAUACCCGGUGGCGCAGAGGGUUUCGCCUUCGUGCGUACGCCGAAUGCGACUGUUGAUAAGGACUACGCCGAUAUGGAGAUCGUUUUGGGUGCUGGCUCGCUGAGUGGUGACCAUAUGGGCUCUUUACGCGAUCUGCUUGGCAUGCCAGAUGAUUUUUACUAUAAAGUUUAUGAGGGUUUGCAUGAUAAAGAAACAUUUGGUUUGGUGCCAGUUCUUUUGCGUCCCCGCAGUCGUGGCCGCAUUUCGCUGCGCAGCACAAACCCCUUCCACUGGCCGCGUAUGGAGCCCAACUAUAUGCAAGACCCAGACGAUGUACGUGCCAUGUUAGAGGGUGUUCAAAUGAUCUUCCAAAUCACACAAACGAAGGCAAUGCGUCGUUUAGGCACUACAUUCAAUGCCAAACCCUUUUUGGGCUGCGAGCAUUUGACCUUCCAUAGCAGAGCUUACUGGAAGUGUUGCUUGCGUCGUUACGGUUCGAGCUUGCAACAUCAAGUGGGCACUUGUAAGAUGGGUCCACCGACGGACACUGCUGCGGUGGUGGACGGGCAAUUGCGGGUUCAUGGCAUUAAGCACUUGCGCAUUGCCGACGCUUCGAUUAUGCCAACAAUACCGGCUGGUCAUACAAAUGCCAUUGUAAUUAUGAUUGCGGAGAAAGCGGCGGAUAUGAUAAAGAAUGCGUGGCGCAUGCGCAAUUAGUAACGUACAUAUAUUAGUAUGUACUUUUGUAUAUAUAUGUAAUUGUAAGUUUUAAUUUAUUAUACAAAGAUUAAGUCAAGUCAUUAGGUUUAGAUAAAAUAUGGAAUUCACGCACACAUAUACAUAUACAUACAUACAAGUACAUACGUAAGACAUAAAUUUCUCGCCAGCAAUGUGAUCAACGAAAAACUAAAUUCUGCCAUUAGUAAUA